GAGGAGAUUCAUGGAGCUCUUGAGAGCCACUUUACUGGUUUUGGUUCUAGUGAGCUUCGAGUUUGGCUUGGAGAUAUCUUCGGCGUCUCCCUCACAGAGCUACAUUGUAUACCUUGGAAGCAGUCCUGAAACUGUAGACAAACAGAAGCUUGUUGCUUCCCACCAAGAAAUUUUGCGGCCCGUCUUCCAGAGUCUCCGGGCUGCUCAAAGGGCCAUCUUCUACAGCUACACUCAUGGCUUCAAUGGAUUUGCUGCUAAGUUACGCCCGGAGCAAGCUGCCGACAUUUCAAGAAUUCCUGGAGUUUUGUCCGUUUUUCCGAACAAGGAAAACUACCUACACACAACUCAUAGCUGGGACUUCAUGCAACUAGAGUCACAGGGUGGUGAGAUUCCAGCGUCUUCUUUGUGGAGCAGAUCCAACUUCGGCAAAGAUGUGAUCAUUGGAUCUCUUGACACAGGAAUUUGGCCCGAGUCAGAAAGUUUUAACGACGAGAGCUUCGAUGCCGUGCCAAGCAAAUGGAAAGGGAAGUGUGUGAGUGGCACAGCGUUCAACACAUCUCACUGCAACAGGAAGUUGAUCGGUGCCAGGUACUACAUCAAAGGCUUCGAGCUGGAAAAUGGUCCUCUCAACGUGAACUCGACUGGGGACUUCAAAUCUCCACGAGACAAAAAAGGCCACGGGACUCACACUUCCUCCAUAGCUGGAGGCCGCUUCGUCCCGCAAGCAAGCUUCCUGGGCCUCGGCAAUGGGACAGCCAAAGGAGGAGCGCCACUCGCGAGGCUUGCCGUCUAUAAAGUCUGCUGGCAGAAGGAAGCGACUGGUACUCUCUGCUACGAUGCUGAUAUUCUCGCUGCGAUGGACGACGCAAUCCAGGAUGGCGUCGACAUUCUCACUUUCUCGCUCGGCGGCUCGCAGCCUCUCUCGCAGCUCUUUGAGGACGCCAUAUCCAUCGGUGCAUAUCACGCUGUCCAGAAGGGAAUCGCUGUCGUUUGCUCGGCUGGAAACGGGGGGCCAGCUUUCGGAAGCGUUGUCAACGUAGCACCUUGGGUCCUUACUGUUGCUGCCAGCAGCACUGACCGCGACUUUUGCUCCACGGUUGUUCUCGGCGACAACUCGACGUUCCGAGGAAGCAGUAUGUCCGAUUUUAAGCUUGACGAUGGAGCUCACCAGUAUCCUCUCAUCUCCGGUGGUGCCAUCCCGGCUUCCUCCUCCAAUGCCUCCGACAGCCUCUUGUGCAAUGCGGGCUCGCUGGAUCCGGAGAAGGCCAAAGGGAAGAUCGUCGUUUGCUUGCGCGGCUCGGGGAGCCAACUCUCCAAAGGACAAGUCGUGCAGCUUGCCGGAGGCGUCGGGAUGAUCCUGGCGAAUUCCCCGUCGGAUGGGAGCCAAACGCAGGCUGCUUUUCACGUCCUUCCAGCAACCAACGUCAACUCGGAAGCUGCCGCAGCCAUCUUUGCAUACUUGAAUGCGUCAAGCUCGCCGACUGCAACUCUCACAGCUUCCACUACUGUCACCGGCAUCAAACCGGCUCCAACUAUGGCUCCCUUCUCGUCCCGCGGGCCCAACAUGCUCAUCCCCGACAUCCUAAAGCCGGACGUCACUGCUCCUGGUGUAAACAUCCUGGCAUCGUUUUCCGAGGCAGCAUCUCCCAUAACCAACAACAGCACUCGAGCUCUCAAGUUCGUCGUAGCCUCUGGGACGUCCAUGGCCUGUCCUCACGUCUCUGGCGUCGCGUCCAUGCUCAAAGCUUUGUAUCCCGAGUGGAGUCCAGCUGCGAUCAUGUCAGCUAUAGUCACUACCGCAAGAUCUCGGGACAACCGCGAGCAGCUCAUCCUCGCGGAUGAUUCUCAAGUCGCCGGUGCCUUCAACUUUGGCUCGGGUCACGUCGAUCCCAACGCAGCAGCGGACCCCGGCUUGGUCUACGACGCUGCUCCCCAGGAUUAUCUCCUGCUGCUCUGCAGCCUCAAGUUCAACACCAGCACCGUCCGCAAAAUCUCAGGCCAGGAUAACUUCUCGUGUCCCGCCCACCAGGAACCGGUGAGCAACUUCAACUAUCCAUCGAUCGGAAUCGCCAGGCUCAACGCGAACAGCCUUGUGAGCGUGACGAGGACGCUCACCAGCGUCGCAAACUGCUCGUCAACUUACGAGGCGUUCGUGAGGCCGCCACCGGGAGUUUCAGUUUCCGUGUGGCCCUCGAGGCUCACAUUCUCAGGCAGUGGACAAAAGCAGCAGUUCGCGGUGAGCUUCAAGAUCACGCAGCCAUCUCCAGCGCUGCCAGGAGGCCGCGCUUGGGGAUAUAUGGUGUGGAGCGAUGGUAAGCACCAGGUACGAAGCUCCAUCGCCAUAGUAAGCACGGGAGCACUUAUUAGUGAUGCUUAAUCGUGAUUACUUUAAGAAAGGCUUAAGGGCAGCUCAGCAUUCUCCAAAUA